CCUUUUCAAUUCUCCUAAACAUGUCUGGACGCGGCAAGCAGGGCGGCAAGGCUCGCGCCAAGGCCAAGACCCGCUCGUCCCGCGCCGGCCUGCAGUUCCCCGUGGGCCGCGUGCACCGGCUCCUCCGCAAGGGCAACUACUCGGAGCGGGUGGGCGCCGGCGCCCCGGUCUACCUGGCGGCCGUGCUGGAGUACCUGACGGCCGAGAUCCUGGAGCUGGCUGGCAACGCGGCCCGCGACAACAAGAAGACGCGCAUCAUCCCGCGCCACCUGCAGCUGGCCAUCCGCAACGACGAGGAGCUCAACAAGCUGCUGGGCCGCGUGACCAUCGCGCAGGGCGGCGUCCUGCCCAACAUCCAGGCGGUGCUGCUGCCCAAGAAGACCGAGAGCCACCACAAGGCCAAGGGAAAAUAAGAGCAUGUUGUACCCACCCCCAAAAGCUGAUAUGAUGACCAGAGGACAGCCUGAUGGAUUCUGUUCUCCUCCUCCACCAUGCAGCUUCCACGGGUUUCAACUAAACUCCUAAGGUUUGGGUGCAAAAGCCCCCACCUGAUGAAGCAGCUUGCCACCUCUCAUCUUUGGAGUGCUGUCCAUGCCAUUAAUCACAAAUAUCUUGCA